AUGAGUGCCUCAAAGGAUAAUAUUGAGAUGGAGGUUGAACAAAUACCCUCAGAAAACAAAAUUAGCGAUAAAACCGAACAGAAUAAAGGCGUUAUGGCUGUGGGUACUUCAGGUUCAAUUACAUGUUCUUUACAUCCCUUAGUAAUAAUGAAUGUUUCGGAACAUUGGACAAGAGAAAGAGCCCAGUCGGGCAUCCCCAAGCAAGUUAUUGGAGCUUUAAUUGGUAAACAGAAAGGACGCAACAUUGAGAUAAUGAAUUCUUUUGAACUGGUGUUCAGUAUCAUAGGAGACGAUAUAAUUAUUGAUAAAGAAUAUUAUUGUAUGAAGGAAGCCCAAUUUAAACAAGUGUUCAGUGAUAUGGAUUUUAUUGGUUGGUAUACAACUGGAGAUGCACCAAAUUACAGUGAUAUUAAGGUUCAUAAGCAAAUAUGUGAGAUCAAUGAGAGUCCAAUUUUAUUAAAAUUAAAUCCUCAUGACAAAAAUAUUGAUUAUCUACCAGUGACAUUGCAUGAAUCAGUAAUUGAUUUAGUUGAUGGUGAAGCCACAAUGUUAUUUGUUCCAUUAUCAUAUACACUGGCUACUGAGGAGGCAGAAAGAAUUGGAGUUGAUCAUGUAGCAAGAAUGUCAUCAUCAGAUGCAGGAGAGAAUUCUUUAGUUGCUGAACAUUUGACCGCACAACAUAGUGCCAUUAAAAUGUUACACUCUAGAGUAAAACUUGUUCUGGAGUAUAUGAAAGCAGUUCAGGCAGGUAUAUUGCCUCCAAACCACGAAAUCCUCAGAGAGGCUUAUUCAUUGUGUCAUAGAUUGCCUGUUGUUCAGAGUCCAAGAUUUCGACAAGACUUUUAUAAUCAAUGCAAUGAUGUGGGAUUAAUGACCUAUUUGGGAACCCUAACAAAGGGUUGCAAUGAUCUGUAUCAAUUUGUCACGAAGUUCAACAUCUUGUAUGAUCGCCAAGGAGUAGGGAGGAGAAUAAGAGGGUUGUUUUUCUAAAACGUUUAUUUCGAACCAUUUGAAAAUGACUUUUUUAACAGCAAAUCGUAACAUGUCUUUAUUAACGUUUAUUUCAAGAAGAGCUCCCUUAAACGUCGUUUUAUAGUGUUUCUUAAUGAAUUAUUUAAUUGUGUAUAUGUACUACAAAAUUGUGGAAGACGAUAUUUUGUGCAUCUAGAUCGUUUAUAAAAAAUAACAUUACAAAAUAUGUCACAACUCUCUCAUUGUUUUGUCAGUACAGUUAACACUAGAUUUACAAUUG